AUGUCGUCUGGUAAUCACAGUCCAGCGAUACUCCCAGUAUCAUGCUCAUUAAGCUCCAUUUCGUUGGGAGAAGGUGAACCGAUUUGUAGAAUUUGCCACAAUACUAGCGGAAAGGACCAAGGUCGAGAACCUUUACAAAAAGUUUGCUGGUGUAAAGGAACCAUGGGAAAGGUGCAUAAAUCCUGCUUGGAGUUGUGGUUAAAUUCAGCCCACAACCGAACGUGUCCAAUUUGUCGCUACCGUUUUCGCACAAGAAGAGUUUAUAAGCCUAUCAGAAAGUGGCGAUGCCUUCCAAUGCAAGCAAACGACAUUGCCAUGCUGAUAUUCAAUGUUUUGUUUCUUGGGAUGGUGUGUGUUCAAGUUUCCGGUAUUGGCUUCCUUCUCAAUCGUUACAGCAAACAAUCAGAAUGCAACGCCGCACUGAGUUUAGGAAUUGCAGGAAUCGCAUCUGGACUUCCAUUUUUCUUGUCUUUUUGGAUAGGAUCGAUGGUGAAUAUCUAUACUUCUAAUUAUUGGGCUAUGUGGCGUCGAAAAAACAAACACGUGGUAGUGAUCAUCGAAAACUUCAGUGACACAGAAGUUGUUUAG